AUGGCCUGCACGAGUCCAGAUCAGAGGGAUAUCUCUACAUCGCCAACCACAACCAGUAGCAGUUCUCAAAGCCAUCGACAUUCCUCGAGCACGGACCCAUGGGGCGCAUUUAAAACGAUUGCGACGGGACUCGACUUGGAACUUGACCGGGAAAGUCAAUUGACUACCGACGUGGCUGCGAACGACGACUGUCGUUGCAUUGCGAGUUCCAAUCUCUGCAAAAAUGCUGCAGUUGGAGCUCGGUCGACGGUCGAUGACAACUUCCAUCACCAACACAUCGAUCUUGUAGCUGAAAGUGACGGGGGCGCGACUGCAAGAGAACAGCUGGUGGAGGACAAACUGGCGCGAGUCCUGGCAGACCUGGCGAGCGAGCAACACAACGUCUGCUUGGCUGCUAAUGCGGGCAACGCCUUGCUGGAAGAACUUGCUGCUGCACGGAAGGAGCUUGACAGUGUGCAGGAUAUCCUGGAAGCUGUGCAGCUGGAGCGGGACGAGGUGGUGCGAGAGACACAGCGAGUAUACGAUCGAAAUGUCGCUCUGGAGACGGCGUUGCAGCGCUACAAUGUACCAUGUGAGUCUUGGAACCUGACAGGAGCACAGAACGUACGAAACCCUGAGCAACAGAUGCAGCAGCAACCGCCUUCACUCACCUCAUGUAGAAGUGGUGCCACAGCGGUCUCAUGUGAACAAUGCGCGACUCGAAGAGCUAGUAUGCUGCAACUUGAACAGCGCGUUGACGAAGUCAAUCGACGGUGCUUGCAGUCGGAACUUGCUUGCGAACGGGAGCAGCUUCGUCGGCGACAGCUCGAAGAAGAGGUCACACAACUGCAACAGCAAAACAGUCAACAGAGUCUCGAGCUCCUACGUGCACAGACAGAGCGUGAGUUCUUGACAGCGCAGUUAGAACAGCAAUCAAAAGAGCUCGAAGGAAUACAAGCUGGACGACAUACACUGCGCCGCACCCUGCGGCGGUUGGAAGCCGAAAACGUCGAGCUGCAAGCGAACAUGUCGGCUCGAGACGACUGCAUUCAGAAGCUGGAUCUGUGCAAAGCUCGCGCAACGACUCAGCUGCAGGUAGCGGAGAACCGCACAGCGAGCGCGCAAGCCGAGACAGAGCGUGUCACCAAGACAUUUGAGCAGUUCCAGAGGCAGCUCAUGCAGGCACUCGAGCAACAGCGCGAACGGGAAAGUAGCUCCGGUGGCGUUGGCAAUCGUGUUGACGUGGGAGAGCUCUGUGAGAGUGAAAUCAUGGAGCAGCUACUGCAGGAUGCCACACGGGAGGUUGCAGCCUUGCGUCUGAAGAAUCGGGUCCUCCGUCACCAGCAUUCGUCUGGAGGUAGUCCCACCGAGAGUCGAGCGCGAGUCGGAAGACACAAAACGUUGAGUAUGGACGAUCUGGACAGCUUCACAUUGACUGCUGCCAAUGUGUUAGCCCUUGACAACCGCCCGAUAUCACAUGCUGCCGAGUCAGAGGAUGAGCAUCGCGUUGUAAUGACUCACGAGAAACAGCUCGGCAUCGGAUCGAAUGGAGACUCGGGGUAUCCAACUAGGGCGCCGUCGCUAGUGAGCAGAUCUUCCGAGCCCUCGAGUCCAAGCGAUACCAAUAACAACUGCAGCAGCUUCAAUGCGCACGCGAGGGACCCCGAGGAAGCUGGCCGCCUGGUAACAGACAGCGACAACGCAUCUGUGCGGAACCGUAGACCGUCAGUCAAAGAGUUGAGUCGGGCGAUUAUUGAGUUGCCGCCCAGUUCCCCGCUGUACUUCAGUCUAUCGUUCAUCGCAUGUGCUACCGCAGCCACUGCCGCGAGUCUCCUCGUCCAUCGGACGAGCACAUCCUUUUCCGCUCCGAGACACACUACUCGGACGUGCUCUUCUGCGACUGUCACGGAGACAAACGACACCAGCACCAGUCGUGUAUCCUGA